ACAUCCCAGAAGCCAUGCUCAUCUUCUCUUUCUUCAAGACCCUUACAGACCAAGUGAUCACCGUUGAGCUCAAAAAUGACUUAUCAAUAACUGGGACUCUCAAAUCUGUGGAUCAGUUCCUCAACAUCCGAUUAGAUAAUAUUAGCGUAGAGGACCCCGAAAGACAUCCUCAUAUGAUGGCGGUCAAGAACUGUUUCAUCCGAGGGUCUGUAGUACGGUAUGUGCGGAUGGCUGCGCGAUCGGUGGACACUACGCUGCUGGAGGACGCUACGAGGCGAGAGGCGAAGGAAGGAAAGAAGUAGAAGAGGGUGUGCGGAGGUGGCCAUGGGCUUUUGUACAAGAUAUAUGCAUGAUACAUUACAGGAGA